CGGACGCUCUCCAAAGCGGAAACUGCUUGUCGUUGACUGAAGCAACAUGGUGUCACCCUUGAGGCAAUGUGAAUGUAAACAAGCGGCUCAUCUCUGUCACAGUAUUUAGUGUUUUACAGUCUACAGUAGGAACGUUUCGGGUUUAGGAGCGUCAUGGCUCUUCGGGUGUUCGGCCGUCUGCUCAGAGAUGGAGCCGUCAUCUCCAUGCAGCUGAUCGGGUCUGCUCGGCAGGAAAGUGCGUCAUGCCUCCUCGCUGCGGGAAGCGCUGCCGCCUGCAGCCGAGGCGGGAGGCACGGAUUCAUCUUCACUCCCGCUUGUUUUAUUACAUCUGAAGCAUUUCUCGGCGGAGUGAUGAAAGGCAAAGCAGCGGAGACGGACGGCGACAUUUAUCACCUCCCAGCCUCAGUUCCUCCAGACGGCAGUGAACAGGUAUCCUUGUUGAAGAGACAUCCUGACCAGCCUCCCGACUCAAAGGUGCUGAAGGUGGCUAUAAUCGGAGCGCCAAACGCCGGGAAGUCCACGCUGUCCAAUCAGCUCCUCGGCAGAAAGGUGUUUGCUGUAUCCAAGAAAGUUCACACAACAAGGUCACGUUCUCUGGGUGUCCUAACAGAGGCCAGCACACAGAUUAUUUUGCUGGACACCCCUGGCCUCACCACACCGUUGAAGGCUAAAAGACACCAGCUGGAGAAAUCCUUGCUCGUGGAUCCCUGGAACACCGUCAAAGAAGCUGACCUGAUGGUUGUCAUGGUGGACGUGUCAGACAGAUGGAUGUGCCUCACGCUGGACUUCGAGGUGUUGAAAUGUCUAGCCAAGCAUCCGCAUACCCCAGCAAUCCUGGUGCUCAACAAGGUGGACCUGUUGAAGGCCAAGAACAGGCUGCUGGACAUCACGGCGCAGCUGACGUGUGGCGUGGUGAACGGACGGAGGCUGCGGGUCAGGCCCGUCAUCAAGCCUCCCUGGGCUAAAAAGAAACCAGAGAGGAGUUCCGAGUUAUCGCCCGACGAGGAAGCGGCAGCACUUGAGGGCGGUGAAACGCCAGACUCUGUGCUGAGCAAAGAGAAACUGAAGCAGCUGAAGAGUCAGCAGGGCUGGCCUCACUUUAAGGACGUCUUCAUGCUGUCUUCUGUGGACAGAGAGGAUGUGGAGACUCUGAAGAGCUACUUCCUGGCUGAAGCCAAGCCCGGGCCCUGGAAGUACCACAGCGAGGUUCUGACUGACCAGAGUCCAGAGGACGUCUGCGCCAACAUCAUCAGGGAAAAGCUGCUGGAGUAUCUGCCACAGGAAGUGCCCUACUCCAUGACCCAGUCUAUUGAACUCUGGCAGGAGGGAGAAAACGGGGAGCUGGAUAUUUCUGUGAAACUGUACACCAAGAAAGAAACUCACAUGACCAUGGUGAUCGGCGCGGCCGGCCAGACGGUGGCGCGCAUCGCCCGGGAGGCGGGGGAGGACCUCAGCCGGGUCUACCUGAGGGACGUCAGGCUGAAGAUCUCUGCUAAGAUGAAGAAGAAGAAGUGAAGAAGACCGAGAGCUCCUGGAACCUUUCUGCCUGCUCUAUUGUGACUCUUUUUUUCUCUGCCAAAGACAGAACCGGAGCUAAAGAGGUUAUGGCCUCAUCAUGAGUAUGACACGGAGCCGGGAGGCAGCAUAUGCUCCGUCUCCAGUCCAAGAACCGCCAUGGACCUGGCUCCUGUCUCACAAAAAGACGUUUUACUCCUCCUUUGUUUCAUUUCAGGAACCCACUGUGUCUUCGUUUAACCCGUUUGCAGGGAUAUGUUACUGUAUUUAGAAGUGAGGGCAGGGUGUCCAAACUUUACGCAGACAACAGACGAAUCGAAAUGUUGCAGCAGAAUAAAACCCAGCUUGAAGUGUCGGCGUA